AUGCAGCAUUUUGGCAAAGCCGCCCUUCGGGUGACGAAGAACUAUACAAAGGGCUAUAGCGAUACCCAGGCUAAAGUUCGGGAAGCCACCAGCAAUGACCCCUGGGGACCUUCCGGGACCCAGAUGAACGAAAUUGCGCAGCUCACGUAUAAUCAGAAUGAUUUCAUUGAGAUUAUGGAGAUGUUGGAUAAACGGUUGAACGAUAAAGGUAAAAAUUGGAGACACGUAUUCAAGGGUCUUCAUGGGGCGAUUGCGUUCUGGUUUCGAUACUGGCAGAGUCUGACAGUCUUGGACUACUGCCUGCACAACGGUUCUGAAAACGUCGUCAUCUACUUCCGGGAUAACAUCUACAUCAUCAAGACGCUCAAGGAGUUCCAGUACAUCGAUGAGGACGGGAAAGACCAGGGCGCGAACGUCCGACAGAAGGCGAAGGACAUCACCAACCUGCUGCAGGACGAGGACCGGCUACGGCAGGAGCGGCGCAACAGGGCGAGCAUGCGGGACCGGAUGAUUCGGGGGACGGGCGGGGAGUACGAUGGUGAGGACGAGAACGCCGCUCGACGGCGCGGGGACCGCAAUCGGGGGAGCGACGACAUCCACGGGCUCUCUGGGCGGCGGCCGAACCGGGACGAGGAUGAGCUGCGCCGCGCGAUCGAGGAGAGCAAGAAGACGCUCGCGCAGGAGAUGGCGAAGAAGGAGGAGCAGGAGCUGCAGGAGGCGCUCAGGCAGUCUGAGCAGGAGGAGCUGAAUCGCAAGAAGCAGGUCGAAAACUCGAAUGAGUUGGCGUUGUUCGAUGAUCAGAACCAGUUGCCUGCGCCGAAUACGACGCAUAUGCCCGAUCCGACGCCGUAUGCGGCGGGGCUGCAGCAGCAGAUGACCUCGCUGCAGCCCCAGUUCACGGCGAUGCCGAUGCAACCACAGUUUACGUCGUUCAAUCCGUACCAGCAGCAGGCGGAGCAGGAGGCGGCGCAGGCAGAGUUUAUGCGGCAGCAGCAGAUGUUCAUGAUGCAGCAGCAGCAGGCGCAACAGCAACAGGCACAGCAGGAGGAGUGGUUGCGCCAGCAAUUGCUUCAACAGCAGUUCCAGCAACAGCAGCAGCAGCAGGCGCUUAUGCAGCAGCAGACGGGUCUGUUCCCCCCUGCACCGCAGAUUCAGGUGCAGCCUACUGGGUUUGGGUCGAACAACCCGUUCGCACCAGCGUCACCCUCGCCGUCCACGCUUUCCCCGAUCAACCAGCAGAGAACGGGUACGCCGUCGUUUAAUCUGCAGAGCACGUACGAGAACCAUUCGCCUGCGAAUGUGUCGUCGUUGAGUGCGUCGACGAGUAAUAACCCGUAUGGUGGUCCCUCGAGUCCUUCCUCGAGUGUAUCGUCGAAUCCGUACACUGGCAAACCUAUCAGCGUCAAGACGAAGAAGAACCUUGGCGAGACGGAGCAGCAGCUCGAACAUCUGUUUGCGAAUCGGGACGAUGGGCAGGAUACCUUUGGAAACGUUGGUGCUCUGAGGUAUGGGUAUACGGAUGCUGGACGGGCCAUGAUCGCCCAGCAGAAGACGGGUAGCUCGCAUAACCCGUUUGCGAUGCAACAACAGCAGCAGCAACAACAACAGAACAACGACAAACCGUUCUUUGAUAUCUAAUCAGGGUCACUAUCCGUCCUCUUCGACCUCGUCUCCAACCGCUCUGGCUCCACCGUCAGCCUUCAGCCCCUCCCCCGCCCCUAUAUAAUUCGUGCUACACCGGAUCGUUACCCCCAGCUUCAACCCCUGGCCAUCCCGUACGCAACCUCGCCCCUCAUACACAACCACCUCCUAUUCUCCUACAUAGCUGUUCUCCGAUUCCUUCGAGGGCAUUCGCAAUUAUCGAGUUCAGAAACUACGCUGUAUUCUUUUGGUUUCACGAAUCACCCGCUUGUUUGAUUAUUUCCUAGUCCCUAUUCGCCUCGCUGGUCGCUUUCUACAGCUUUUGCACUUUAUUUCGUCCUCGGAGUCUUCUUUUCCUUCUUCUUGGUGGGACUUGUAUUGCUUUUUUGUUAGCGCUCUACGCUGAAUGUUACGGUAUGUUGUUGGUCUUGAACAAUGAAGCUAGAAGGG